AUGGCGUUUAAGGCGCGCGCGCAGGGCGCGCUCGCGGCGGUGAAGAUGCAGAACGCGGCCGCGGGGGAGUGCGUCAAGGUGCGCGACCCGUCCCUUCCCGUCCCGUCCCGCCCCUCGCGCGCGGGGCGUCGUCGCGUCGUCGUCUUUCCCACCCAUCCAUCCAUCCGUCCCUCCGCGCUCUUCCCUCGUCCCCGCCGACGUCCCGGCCGCGCGCUCACCCGCCCGCCGUCCCCCUCCCCCCGCGCUUCCUCCGUCCAGGUCGUCGUCCGCUGCCGCCCUCUGUUCGGGAAGGAGCUCAAGGAAGGCCGCGGCGAGAUCAUCGAGUGCGACCCGUCGCGCGGCGAGAUCGCCGUCCGCGACCCGAAGAACUCCGCGUCGGAGCCGAGGCGAUUCACGUUCGACCAGGUGUACGACGCGCGGCACUCGCAGCUCGAGAUCUUCGAGGCGACCGCGCUGCCGAUCGUCCGCGCCGCGAUGGAAGGGUACAACGGCACGAUCUUCGCGGCAAGCCGGGAGUCGGCUUCGGAGCGAGGCAUCAUUCCCAACGCGGUUCAACACGGGUUCGAUCAGAUUGACGCGUCCUCGUCCGCGACGGACGUCGACGCGACGUACCUCGUCCGCGCGUCGUACUUGGAGAUUUACAACGAGGACAUUCGCGACUUGCUCGCCAAGGACCAGAACCGGCGGCACGAGCUGAAGGAGCACCCGGAGUCGGGCGUGUACGUGAAAGACUUGACGACGUUCGUGGUCAAGUCCGCGAGCGAGAUUCAGAACGUGCUGAACGUCGGGAAGAAGAACCGAAGCGUCGGCGCGACGUUGAUGAACGCGGACUCGUCGCGGUCGCACUCGAUAUUCACCAUCACGAUCGAGUGCUCGAGGAGACGCGCGCGGGCGGCCGGGGGGAGCGCGAGCGAUCGACCGCCGGGAGCCGCGGCGGACGGAGAAGACGACGACGCGCACAUCACCGUCGGGAAGUUGAACUUGGUGGAUCUCGCCGGGAGCGAGCGGCAGGGGAAGACGGGGUCCACGGGGAUACGUCUGAAAGAGGCGACGAAGAUUAACUUGUCGCUGAGCACGUUGGGGAACGUGAUAUCGUCGCUGGUGGACGGGAAGAGCACGCACGUUCCGUACAGAGAUUCGAAACUGACGCGUCUGCUCGAGGACUCGCUCGGGGGUAACACGAAGACGGUCAUGGUGGCGAACAUCGGCCCCGCGGAUUACAACUUCGAGGAGACGAUGAGCACGUUGCGGUACGCGAACAGGGCGAAGAACAUCAAGAACAAGCCGCGCAUCAACGAAGACCCGAAGGACGCGAUGUUACGCGAGUUCCAGGAAGAGAUCGCGCGUCUGAAAGCGCAGCUCGGCGGCGGCGCGGGCGCGGGCGCGUCCGCGCGAGGCGACGCUGCGCACGACGACCUCGACGAGAGCGGCGAGCUCGAGAUCGUGGAGAAGACCGUCGUCGUCGAGGUCGACCCGGACGCGGACCAGCUCGAGAUCAUCAAGAGACAAGUCCAGGACGAGUUGGCGGGAAAGCUCAAGUCGGCGACGACGCAGGCGGACAUCGACCGCAUCCACCGAGACGCGGAGGAGCGCACGCAGCGCGAGAUGCGAGCCAUCAUGGACGACCGAGCGACGACGGAGGAGGAGAAGCGAAGGAUCGCGAGCGAGAUGGAGGCGCAGCGAUUGGAGAUCGAAUCGCAGACGGAGGCGGCGAGUCGCGAGCGAGAGAAGAAGGAGGCGCUCCAGGCGCAGAUCAAGGCGAUCGAGGGGAAGCUUCUUCACGGCGCGGACGACCUCGAGGCGCGGAAUAAACAACUGGAGGAGGCGGCGGCGAAGGGUGUGAGAGACAUCGCGGACCGCGAGAGGCUCAAGCUGGAGAGGCAGCGCGCGGUCGCGGCGAUGGAAGAGAAGGCGCUGCUCUCGGAUGAAAAGUUUGCGUCGAAAAAAGAAGAAGUCGCGGAUAAGACUCGAAAGCUGAAGAAGAUGUUCUCCAAGUACCAGACCGCGAAGCAAGACUUAGAGGAGCACGCGGACGAGCUGGCGCGAGAGAAGGACGACAUGCAGGAAUCGAUAACGCUCCUGAAGAAGACGUUACAACUAAAGAACGCGCUCAUCGAACACUUUGUCCCUCCGGAGGUGACGGAGAAAGUUUUGAAGCGAGCGGUGUGGGAGGACGAGACCGAGUCGUGGGCGCUCGAGCGCCUCUCAAGGGACGCCGACGCCGCGUCCGCGUCGAACGCGUCCGCGACGAGAAACGCGCGACCGGUCAGCGCCGCGGGCGAGCGACGGCCGCGGACGGACAGCUCGAAGAUCGCCGCCGCGCUCGGGGAUUUAAACCCGCGGCACAAGACGCAAAAUAUUCUCGCGCUCGAGCUGGACCUCCCGGAGCGCACGACGUGGGAUCACGACGGCGGGCCGCUGCGCGAGCCGGGGGUGCAGGCGGUGCUCGACAUCGCGUUCAGCGACGACGGCGGGCGGUGGCUCGCGCUGGAGAAGGACAGAAAAGGGUUUCCGCGAGGGGAUAGGGAUAGGGAUAGGGACGGAGGAGGAGGGAGAGGAGGGGGAGGAAAAACCGGAGGCGGCGCGCGGCGGGAAAUCUAUUCCUCCUCGAGAGACGGCGGCGGCGGCGUUCCGGGGCUGGGCGUCGGACGGCCGCGACCGGCGCGGCCGCAGAGCGCGUCGCGGCGGAGGUGA